AUGGCCACCCAGUGCUGCGCCUCAGCCUUCUCCACUGGCUCCAUGACGGGCCUCUCUCAGGUGUCCCCCAUGCGAUCUGUGGGCUCCUGUAGGGUCUCAUGUCUGGCUGGUGCCUCCGGGUCCCCGACUCCCUCUCGGAUAGGCCUCUCUGGCUUAGGGAAUUGCUUUCCUGACUCCUGCCUGGCUGCUGGGCACCAGUCCUCAGGCUUUGCUGGGUCAGGAGGCUGGUUCUGCGAGGGCUCCUUCACUGGCAAUGAGAAGGAGACCAUGCAGUCCCUGAACAACCGCCUGGCCAACUACCUGCAGAAGGUGCGGCAACUGGAAUGCGACAACGCGGAGCUGGAGAGCCGCAUCCGCGAGUGGUGUGAGACUCAGAUCCCUUACACCUGCCCUGACUACCAGUCGUACUUCAAGACAGUUGAGGAGCUCCAGCAGAAGAUCUUGCUGGCCAAGUCCGAGAAUGCCAGGCUGGUCCUACAAAUUGACAAUGCCAAGCUGGCAACUGAUGACUUCCGGACCAAGUAUGAGACGGAGUUGUCGCUGCGGCAGCUGGUGGAGGCCGACAUCAACGGGCUGCGCAGGAUCUUGGAUGAGCUGACCCUGUGCAAGGCUGACCUGGAGGGGCAGGUGGAGUCGCUGAAGGAGGAGCUGCUUUGCCUCAAGAAGAACCACGAGGAGGAUGUCAGUGUGCUCCGCAGCCAACUUGGGGACCGACUGAAUGUGGAGGUGAACGCUGCACCUCCUGUGGACCUCAAUAGGGUCCUAGAAGAGAUGCGAUGCCAGUAUGAGGCCCUGGUGGAGAACAACUGCAGAGACUUGGAGACCUGGUUCAACACCCAGACGAAGGAGCUGAACCAGCAGGUGGUGUCCAGCUCGGAGCAGCUGCAAUCUUGCCAGACAGAAAUCACUGAGCUGAGACGCACAGUCAGUGCCCUGGAGAUCGAGCUGCAGACCCAGCACAGCACGCGAAGUUCUCUGGAGUCUACUUUGGAGGAGACUAAGGCCUGCUACAGUGGCCAGCUGACCCAGAUGCAAUGCAUGAUCGGCAAUGUGGAGUCCCAGCUGGCUGAGAUCCGCUGUGAUCUGGAGCGGCAGAACCAGGAGUACCAGGUGCUGCUGGAUGUCAAGGCCCGGCUGGAGUGUGAGAUUAACACAUACCGUGGCCUGCUGGAGAGCGAGGACUGCAAGCUUCCUGCCCAUCCUUGUGCCACAGAAUGCAAGCCUGCCAUCAAAGCCCCUCAUGUCUCCUCUGCACCAUGCACCCCGAGUGCCCAGGUCAGCACCCAGGUCUGCAGCAUCACCGAGCAGAUGCAAGAUGCCAAAGCCAUUUCUAGGGAGCAGCUGCCGUACCGCCCAUCGUGACCUAUGACCUGUGACCUAUGAACUCCUGUGGCUCCUUUCUCUGGAGAGACCCUGUGUCUUCCCCAACUUCAUUUCCUCUCCUCUCCUCCUCCCUUAUGCUUGGUUGUCUUUGCUGAUAAAAAUCCUCAUGUCAUGUUUCUGGACCUGGGAGUGCCUUCCUGCCAUGCAAACC